CAUUCUGCUACAGUCAUAAUUACUGGUCUUGGUUUUCACUCGAAAUAAACCGACCUAAAAUGCUUAUCCUCCGAAAUAUUAGCAGGCCGUUUGGUUCAUUGAAUCAGUUACGACCAUGUUCACCUUUCCGAGAAAAUUGUUGGAAUCUUAGCUCUAAACUGGACGCGAAAGGUGAUUGCUUUGUAGCCAGUGCCAGCAGAAAUUGCUCAACAUCUUCGCCUGCAGACUCGGCGAAAGGGACAGUGCUCAACCGCUCUCCAGCGCAGUACGAGCAGGGCCAAUCACCCGAACCCAAAAUUCGAGAAUAUUUCUAUUUUAUUGAUCACCAGGGCCAGCUCUUCCUCGAUGAUGCCAGAGUUAAAAACUUCAUAACAUGUUUUAAAGACAAAAAGUUCUUGGCAUUCUUCUUCAGGCGUCUCAAACAGAACUCUUUUGAGCAUUACAAGGAUUCCUUCCCCUACCUGUCUCCCUGUGGUGUAGAGAGAAACUUUGUGAGGUGUGAUGACCGUCCAAUCGUCUUCACACACAUCAUCCCAGAUCCAGAUGAGCCUACAGGACCAGGGCUUCUCUCAUGCAACUUCACAGGAGAUGCUGUAACCGUUAAGUUUGAACCAGAGAAAGUUUGUAUGCUCCCCAUCAGCGGCCGCAUCUACCAUCCAGCACCACGUAAAACUGGAGGGGUUGGACUGAUCAAAUCAAGUAUCGCUAUAGACAUCAGUACGUGCCUUGAGUUUGGUGAGAAGGGAGAGUAUUCUCCUCCGACACACUUCACCUGGAUGGGAAAGAGAUAUACUUUGACCAAUGAAGUUCUUGAUUUGAUGACCGAUAGUGAGAAAAGCGAGUUGGAAGACAGAUGAGAUUGAUAUCGAUUGGAACCUUACUCUUAUUCAGAGGUUCUGGAUGAGUAACAGCACUUUGUACUUCACCGAGUCUUGUGAUAUAUGAUAUGAUUACAGGCAAAUUGAAAAUUAACACAAGUGAAUGAUUGGGAACACUGGUGAAUGACUGAAAUGUGCAGAUCUGUGUCAUGUAUUGUUAUGAAGUGUCUGGAGUGUCAAUAUCAAUUGCAAUAUAGACUCUUUAUAGAGAUAUUGAAUACCUGCACAGGAAAUUGGAUAUUAUAUCAAACUAUCAGUGGUGGUGUUUUUUUUAUUAAAAAAAACAAUUGUGGAAAUGGAUAUACCAGUUUAUAGUGAUACAUUGUACAGUCACAACUGUGAAUUUAAUAUUGCAAGGCUGUACAGAAAUGUUUGAUCAUGGUGAUUAAGGAUUGUGGCAUAUGUGGUUCAUUGCUUUUAAACAUGACAGUUUAUGAUGUUAAACUCUUAGUUAUUUUAAUUUCACCUCCCUGAAUAUGCAGAGCUAGUCAUCUUCUUGAGGUCUGAUUGUUGACUGAAAGUGUAUCAUCGCCCAUUUUAAUAAGUAAUGAACCAAGUUAAAGUUUUAAACAUGAAAACAACACCCUAAUUAAUCUCUGGAAUGGCAAGUUCUAAAUGUCUGCAUACCGGUACAUAUGAUCUACUGCUGAAAUUGAUGCACUCCAAAAAGAGAUGAAUUGAAUUGAAAUGAUUUCUCCACUCUCAAAGAAACCUAACUUUAUAUCAGGGCUUUGUGUUGUGCUAUGUAUCAACAAGAUAUUGAAAUCCAACAACUUUUUUUUGGUUACGGAAAAUAUUAUUAACAGUUAAUGGCUAUGUUAACAAUUUGUUAAAGCCCCUAUAAAGUGUUGGGAACCUUCAAAUGUGUUUGAAGAUGAGUAUUGAUCAGUGAAAGAAUACCAUAUGUAGGUUUUGUGUUGUAUGCAGAAAACCACAGUUUUGUAUUCUUUCAUCAAUAUUUUUUUUCAAAAACGCAUUUGUUUUGAAAAACCUUGCAGAAGUGUGUUAAAUGACAUCCUCUUUCACAUCAUUAUACAAUUUUUGUGAAAUUUUGCCGUCAAAUUUUGGGGGCUCCCAACACUUUAGAGAGGCUGUAAUAGAUGUAUACAUAAUAUGUAGCUCUUCCUCCAACGUAUCUGUUUACUCCCUGGCAAUUUUGUUUAUUCUUAGCCUUUACGAUUGUUUGUUUGUUUGUUAUUUAAAUGUAAAGUGUUUCAAGAAUACCUCUUCUCAAACUAUAUUAUAAUAAUAUUCUGCCUUAAGUGCUUAAUACAUCAGCAAUGUCAUUUAUUGCUUUACAGACAUAUUAUUAUAUAUUAUAUACGGUAUAUUGUACAAGUACAUACAUAUAUAUCUCUCUCUUCCUUUUCUAUUCAUGUGAUUUGAGUAAUUGCAAUAUAUUUGAACCAUCAUGUGUGUGGGAGAUACAUAGUUUUCUUUGGGUGUAAAUUUACAAAAGUUUAUCUUAAUAUUAAUGUAUGCAAAUGAAAUACAUGAAUAAAAUAAUGAUAAAUCA